AUGUGGAGCAUGGUCUUGCUAGAACUCAGCAUUUUAAAAGAACAAGAAGUAUUUAUUGGAAAAAUAACAAUUUAUUAAGAAAAUGAGGAUUAUAUAUCUGAUUUUAAAAAUACAAAUGUUGGAUAGAUUGAAGUAAUAGACAAAUUGAUGUCCAAUGUACAGUUCUCUGCACAAUCUCCUUUAAAGACAGUCUCCUUAUAUAACUAUGAAGAUUAUAAAGAAGACGCUGACAAUGAGAAAUGAAAAGAGAAGGCCAUUGGUUGUUGAAAAAUUUGUUGAAUCAAGGAUAUUCUGCAAGGAUUAACAGGAAUCUGUUAGAUAAGGAAUUUCCUGAAUUGCCCUACAUAAAAGGAUGGUUUGUCGAUCUCAAUUGUACCAAAAACAUGAUAUUUUUUGGCAAUAUCUCAGGGUUGGAUGGAAUAUGGCUCGCGUAUCCUUCUUCGGCGCCAAAACUUAACAUGACAAGUUUGAGGCUUGACAGCGACGUUUUGGUGGGUUCCGAAGACGGAAGACUUUGGGACUUGUACGGCAAACCUUUGGAGAGAAUGAUCUUCAACGAUGCUGGAACCUGGAGACCAGUAAACAUAUCUAUACCCAAAAUCAAAUUUAGAUACGAUCUAGGAGGAGUUAUACUAAAAGGCGUACUGGUGGUUCGUUUUGGUGCCGACAGACACGUGGGGAGCCAACCUCGCCAACGGGUCCUGUACUGGGAUGAUCGGGAUCCUGCAGAGGAAGGAAGCAGACAUCGGCAUCUCAGCGUGUUCCUUCCGGGUGGAGAGGGUCGAAGUGGUGUCCUACGCUCAGAGGUCACAGGAGCUCAGGCAAGGCUACAGAAAGACUACCGCAGCAUUUCCGCGAGGGUGUACAGCAUCUCUUUGCUGAUCCUCGGCCUGGUCCUCUACUCCUAUUACAGCGCCGCCAUCAUGAACGGCCUCCUCUCGCCGGCUCCUGGGUCGGUCCGCAACGUCAAAGAUGUCAUCAGGAGUCCGAUGAAGGCCAGCCUCGCCAGGGUCCCUUACAUGAUACCUAAAGUAAAAGCUUACGUAACACCCGGGCUGUUGGCCAAGACCAAGAAGCAGGAGAAGAGUGAACAGAUGUUGGACGUCUUCGUCGGAGUCGACAGGAUAAGGCACGAAAGGUUGACAUUGGUCGCGGAUGAUAUGUCCCUUUAUGCCGUCAUAAACGAGAAAUAUACCGAUGCUGAGAAAUGCAAUCUAAUGGAAAUCGAAGACCUUACGCCUUCAGGAGAACGGAAUAGCGAAGCGCGAAAUGCGAAAAUGGUACCACCCGAAGCCUCAAUGCUUGGGCUCGACGACUUACACACACGUCACGUUGGAAGCUGUCGGCCUCGCCUUCACUCUGUUUCUGUCAGGAGCUGUCUUGAUUCACCGCUGCUGUCGACCAUGGCUGCCCUAGACCAUGGCUAUACAGCCCUGAAUGGGCUUCGUCGAGAACCAAAGGCUAUCUUAACUGAGGGGAGCCUUGCAGAGUCAAAGAAGUGUGUCAACUUCAAUUUGAAGAACUCCUAA